UCCCGGCCCUCCGGCGCCGCCUCCGCGAAGCCCUCCUGGCGCCGGGGCUGAGCCAGUCCUGAGUCCCCCAGCCCCUUGACUGGAACGUCUGCGCCCCCUUCCCUCGGCCUGGGGGCGGGGGAACCUUACAGUUCGUUCACCUGCCCAUCCCAGCGCCCAACCAGAAACAGUAGGCACGCAGAAGGCGCCUACUCUGUGAACCCCCAUGGCAGGGCAGGCACCCUGCGCGAGGACAGCAGUGACAGCCGCGGUCGCUCCAUUCUGUGCUGGGCCUUCUCAUGAACUCCUGGUUCCAUCAGUGCCCAGGAUAAAUGCUGCGGCGCCGGAAACCAGAAAGGAUGGGGAAGCCAUAUACGGAAAGAGCUGAGGGAGUCCCCCCUCCCCUCGAAUGCCCUCGUGGGCGGGGCCCCCAGAGCUCCGGGGAUCUGCAGGGGACCAACAGACGCCUUGGCAACACAAGCCACAGUGUUGCAGCAACAGGCCAGUAGGUAAGGCGGCACUGCACCUGGGGAGGCCAGAGUCCCUUCUGUCUAUGGAGCAUGCAGCAGCCACAGGCCCCAGGCCAGCGCCCCGACCUGGGGCCAGUGAGAACGUUCUGCCACAAGCGGAGGACUGGACAACCAGCCUCAAGACAGAGCUUCCCUCAGAUCUAGAGCUGAGUGAGGAGCACCAACUGCAGAUCUCCAAGGAGUUGGUCGACCUGCAGAUCACAACGCAUCACCUGCGGGAGCAGCAUGAGGCUGAACUCUUCGAGCUGAAGAGUGAGGUCCUACGGCUGGAGAGCCGGGUGCUGGAGCUGGAACUGCAUGGUGAUUGUGCAGCCCCCCCAGAGGCUGGCUUGGGGCACCACCAGGAGCUGGCCCAGGGGCUCCAGCACAAGGCCUGGGAGCAGGGACACUCCGUCCACCACAGACCUCAGGCACAGCCUGAGGACUUCCUGAUCCCUAGGGAUGAACAGCAGAAGCUGGGGAACAGCCUGCAGGGAGAAUGGAAGCGGGUGCUGGAGCAGCACAAGGCCCAGAAGCAGGCACUGGAGACACGUGUGGCAGACCUGGGCCGGCGACUGCAGGGAGCCCAACAAGAGGCCAGGACAGCUGGGCAGCGACUAGCUGCACAAGCCAUGGUGUUGUCUGCCUGCCAAGGCCAGCUGCGCCAGUCUGAGGCAGAGAACGCCCAGCUGCAGUUGCAGCUCAAGAAACUGAACGAAGAGUAUGCCGUCCAGCUGCAGCGCUGUGCCCGAGUCGUGGCCGAGUAUGCAAACGGCGCGGGCCGGGAGCCGGCCGCGGCAGCCCUCCGCACAUUCCUAGAGACCACUCUGGAGGACAUGCGGGCAGCGCACCGCCGCCGUGAGCAGCAGUUGGCCCGGGCUGCUCAUGCCUACCGCAAACGCCUGGCAGAUAUGAGCCGUAGACACGAGGAGCUGCUGGCCGCCUGCAGUGUGCGGCAGGUGCUGGCCGACUCCACUGGGGCAGCCGGGACCCCCAAAGCUACUUUUGAUGCAGCCACCUCACACCUGGAGCCACUGUCUCUGCACCUGGUCUCCGAACUUGGCCACCCGGGAGCAGCCCAGGCCAGGCUGGAGACAAAGCUCCGGAAGCUCCAGCCAGGUGAGCUCUCCCUGCUGCCCUACACUGGCCUUGGAGCACAGCAUCCCAGAACACACCCCAGGCCCAUCCCAGGCUCAGCAAAGACGCCAUCCCUGAGGAGCCUGCCUCAUUCAGCCAACAGAGAAUCCCUCCCACAGCCCACCAGGCUCAUGAUGCUGCUCUUGUUCCUACAGAAGGGGCCCAAUGAAGCCUCCCAGGGGGGCACGUCAGAGCCACAGGGCCAGGAAGCUGCAUCCUGGGCCCAGAUCCACCAGAAGCUCCAAGACUUCUCCCGUGGCACCCAGAGCUGGAACGCGAGCGGGCGCAGCUGCUAGUACGGGCCACAAUGGCUGAGGAGCAACUUUCUGAGCUACAGGAGUAUGUGGGCCAGCACCUCGGCAGGUACAGACAGGAGAUCCUGA